AUGGAAGAUAUUCAAAAAGCACUUCUUGUUGUUUAUGGAAAUGGUAGUGAUACUCAACUUAAAACUCAAGCCAGUUAUUAUCUUGCAGAAGUUUUAAAGAAAAGAGAGUCUGUUCAAUAUUUUGAAGGAUUAAUGCAAACACCUUCAGAGGAUUCUCUCCAAAUAGUAAAAGUUAAUUAUGGUGCAACAAUAUUGCAAAAAAGAUUAAUGUAUAGUUUUGAUUUGUUUCCAUUAAAUAUGCUUACUGGAAUAAAAGAUUUCAUCUUCCAAAAAUUGAUUCAAUUUAAAACAAACAAUUUAAUUGUUAAACAACUUUCGUUAUGUGUUGUUGCUUUGGCAUUACAAGACCCUAGUUGGAAUAAUUUUAUGGAUAAUGUUGUUCAAAAGAUUCCAAUUUCAAAUGAAAAUAAUCCAUUGUUAUUAACUUUAUUUAUGGAAAUUGCUAAUGCUUCAAGUAAAAUGGAUUUAAUUGAGAUAUCUAUGAGAAAUAGGUUUAUUCAAAUAAUCAGUCAAGUUACUCCAACAAUUAUUCAAUUUAUUAUUUCUAUUUGUAAUCAAGAUAUUUCGUUAAUCAAUAAAUCAACUGAUUGUCUUUGUUCUUGGAUUCAAUACUCAACUAUCUCAGUUGAUUAUUAUAAAAUUUCCCCAUUAAUUCCUUUCUUAUUAAAACAAUUAGGCUCUUCUUCAUGUGAAGCAGUGUCAAAUGUAAUGGAUACUUUUAUUAAAAAAUUAACUCACAUCGACUCUCAUUCUCCUUCUCCUCAAGAAAAAGAAACUAUUAUGAAUAUUGCUGUUGGUAUUCUUCAAGAAUAUACUAAUUAUACUGUCAUGAUAUCAAGAAAUCCAUUAAAUUGUUUCUUUGAAAUAUCUCAUUUAAUUGCAAUUGAUUUAUAUAAAUAUGUAACUUCUCAAUAUUCUAUAUUAAUCAAAGAACAUUUAAACCAACUUAUUCUUGCAUCUGACACUAUUAAUGAAGAUAUAAUUAGAAGUGUUUCUGAAGCUGCUAUUGUUUUACUUGAAACUACAUCAACUCGAAGGGCAAGUGAGGCUACAGUUCUUUAUGAAUUCUUAACUAAUUUUGCUAGACAAAUGAUGCAAAAAGUUGUUUCAUUACAUUUUGAUCCACAAGAACGUCAAGGAGAAGACUUAGAAGAAUUUCUUAAAUUCAGAAAGACAUCAUCUUUUUAUUUAUUUAGAAAAUGUAUUGAUGUUCUUGGAAAUUCUGCUUCUAUUGAUAUUCUCUCUGGACUUUGGAAUUCAGUCAAUAAUAAAGAAACUAUUAUAGCUGCUCUUAUUGCUGGUUAUGAAGAUUUUUCUAUGAGUAAUUCUCAAGAACUCUUUCAAAUUAUUUCAUCCUCAAUUCAAUAUGUUUCUCAACAACAAAAUGUCCCAUUCGUAUUUACAAGAAGUUUGAUUAUUGUCCUUGGUAAAUAUGGUAGGUUUUUCCAUGAUAGUUGUCCUCAAGUAGUUCCAGAAUGUAUUAAUUUCUUAUCAAAAUUUGUUGGUAAUGAUUUGUAUGGAAGUAAAACUGCAAAAUCAAUGAUGUUAUUAUCUCAAGAAUGUAGUAGUCAAAUGGUUCAAAAUUUAUCACUUUUAAAAGGUAUUUAUGGUAAUGUUAUUCACUUAGUUAUGUCAGGGAAAUUAAAAGGAAAUGAAAAACAAUUUGAAGAUUAUAUCCAUGCAUAUUGUAAUGUUAUUGGAUCAGCACCUACACAUGAAUAUCUUCAAGAAUUAUUUAAUGAACCAAAUAUUGUUAUUAAGAAAGGUGUAUUAGGAAAAGUUAUUACUAAUGAAACAAUGACUGCUUUUUGGUUAAUGAAAACUAUUUUUAUUGGGCUAAAACGUUCUAAAUUCAAACAAGAAAUUGCAGCUGUAAUCAUUGAUUAUAUGGUACCACAAAUGUUAUUCUCAUUACUUGAAAUUGCAUCAAUAAAUAAAAAUGAACAAGCAUUAGAAAGUACGUGCAUUGUUAUUGGAAAAAUGUUUAUGGUCAUUGAAGUUCAUUGUCAACCAAUUUUCAGUCAAUGUAUUGAUUCCAUUAAGGCAUGUUUUAAUAUAACUCAUUCAAGUUCACUUAUUAAUUGUUUGUCAAUGAUAGCAGAUGCAUUGUAUACUCAUUCUAUAUUCCAAGAAACAUUAAGAAAGAAUUGCGUUCCAUUACUUAUUGAAGCAAUGAAACUCUGUACAUUAACAACAAAUGACUUAAUUAUUGAUUGUGCUGAUUGUAUUUUUUAUUUCAAUAGAAUUAAAUUACCAACAGAAUUUCUUCCAUAUGCCUUUAAUUGGUUAUUACAAUUUACCUCAGUUCCAGAUCAAGAUGCUUAUCAUGCAAUUUGUGAAAAUCUUGUUGAUUUUAUUAAUGAUGGAAAUUCAAUUGAUUUAGUAAAACAACCAACGACUUUAUUAACAAUGAUUGAAAGUGUUGUUCAUCUUUUUUCUAAAGAUAGACAAGAUGAUUGUAUUACUGUACUCAGAGAAAUUUAUAUUACAGACAUUCCAUCUUUCUGCAAUAACAUGCAACUAAUUUUACAACAAAAGUAUACUACAAUACCUAAUGGAUUUAAACAAACAAUAAUAACAACUUCAAAAUUAUCUAAAAAUGAUUUCAUUAAAAUAAUGAAAGAAUUAUUUAUGCUUUUGAAAGAAACUUCAUAA